CCCACACACUCACCCGCACCCACACCCCGCCCCAGCACCCACACCAUGGCCGCCUCCACCCUGUCCGUCUGCUCCAGCGACCUGAGCUACGGCGGCCGCGUCUGCCUGCCCGGCUCCGGCGACUCCUGCCCCGACCCCUCCUGGCAGGUGGACGACUGUCCCGAGAGCUACUGCGAGCCCCUCUGCUGCGCCCCGGCCUCCUGCCUGACCCUCCUCUGCACCCCUGCGAGCUGCGGGUCCAGCCCCUGCCCACCAGCCUGCCCCGGCCCCUGCCAGCCCUCGUGCGGCAGCUGCUCCCCCUGCCAGGAGGGCUGCGGUGUGUCUGUCUGCUGCAAGCCCGUGUGCUGCACCCCUGUCUGCUGCAAGCCCGUGUGCUGCACCCCUGUCUGCUGCAAGCCCAUCUGCUGCACCCCCGUCUGCUGCAAGCCGGUGUGCUGCACCCCUGUCUGCUGCAAGCCUGUCUGCUGCACCCCUGUCUGCUGCACCCCCGUCUGCUGCAAGCCUGUCUGCUGCAAGCCUGUCUGCUGUGAGUCCUCCCCCUGCUGCCAGCAGUCUAGCUGCCAGCCCUCCUGCUGCAACUCCUCCCCCUGCCAGGAAGACAGCUGUGUGUCUGUCUGCUGCAAGCCCGUGUGCUGCACCCCUGUCUGCUGCAAGCCCGUCUGCUGCACCCCUGUCUGCUGCAAGCCCAUCUGCCACACCCCCGUCUGCUGCCAGGCCUCCCCCUGCUGCCAGCCCAGCCCCUGCAGACCCUCCUCCUGCGUGUCCCUCCUCUGUCGCCCCGUGUGCAGGCCCGCCUGCUGCGCCACCCCCUCCCCCUGCCAGCCCAGCUGCUGCCCCCAGACCUCCAGCAUGUCCCUGCUGUGCCGCCCCGUGUGCUCCCGCUGAUGGGGCACGUGCCCCCAGGGCGCUGGGCACAGGCCCCACCCAGGGACCGUGGGCCUCCCGACCACCCCUCAGCCCAGCCCUCACCUGUGCUAGGUGGCUGCCCCCACCCACGAUGGGGUCCCCCUGGGUGUCCACUCUCCUGACCUGACCUUCACCUCCUCCCUCCCAAGAAUGCUGACCCCGUGGCUCCCCGGGGCUCCUGCUCCUGGGACGCACCUCCACCUGCCCUGGGUCACCUGCUUUCCCUCCCAGUUCCUCUGCUCGGGUCACCUGGCCUCGCCCUCUGACCAGUGGGCACCUCCCUGAGCACCCCAA